UACAUUGCUAUACCGAGUUUCAAUCGAUUGCGACAUGUAUUUUUGUGUUCUCUAACAUAAUUCUUUUCUUUAUUUUCUUUUCUUUUAUGGAAGAGAUCCUCUUUCCCUAACUUUAAACCGAGCAUUUUUUAGGCUGUGUAUGAAGUAAAAAAUUGGCAAUAAAUCCAUUAAUUAGUGGUGAAAUCAGAAUUCUUUGAAGGGAUUUUUAAUAAUUUUUAAAACUUUGGCAGCCGUUCAAACAACAUCUGUAGCUCGAGGAAACCUUUAAGCAAAUCAAACUGCAAGUCGGAAGUUUGGAAUAAUAACUAACAUCUGGUUUAAUAAUAGCUAGCUCUUGUUUUCUUUGCAACUUUAUGCACACUCAAUCACAUGACGCACUUUUCAUUGUUUAGAAAGUGGAAUACAACAAGAACUUCCCAACACUAGCUAACCCUACUGUGAUUAUAUCAGCUACCACACCCACUUCUUCAUCGUCUAUCUACUCCAACAAUGAUGUUGCAGCUUGGAUAGAGUACACUGGUACAGUUUACAUGAAAUUCUGUUACAAAGCAAUCCAAAACAAUCAAUUUACUGAACAAGUUAAAGUAUCGUACACAGUUAUUCCAGCAUUAUGUGAACCUGGUUGGACUUAUGUAAAGGGGAACUGUUACAAACCAAUGGAUGGUUGUCAGGCAUACAAUACAGCCGAACAACAAUGUAACAGCAUCUCUGCAGCACUACCUACCGUCGAAGGAUCUGCGGAAGCGUACUUCUUAGAACAAACUUCCGCCUCUAAUAAGACAUGGAUUGGAUUAACAGAUGUUCAAAGUAAAGGAAAAUGGACAUGGAGUAGUGGAUCAAUGUCUGCGUAUCAAAAGUGGUUACCAAAUUAA